AUGAUUGAUGAAGUAGAGGGUGUUAGAAUCCCCGCUUACCACUCCUUCGAAACACUUUCCCUUGCCAGAGAUCAAGGCGUGGCUGAUCAUUUUGACCAAGACCAUGUAAUGUUCUUUGGCGAAGAUCUUGUUGAUUCCUCAGCUAUUCCUUCUUCAGAACGAUCUAAAAGCAAUAUUCGUGAUUCUGAAUCACUAAAAGUAAAUGGAUUUCUAUCCUCCGAUUCUUCAUGGGUCUCUACUGAUCCAUCCGAAGCUAGUGCCUCUGAUGCAGUCAAUUCGGCAAAAGCCCCAAACUCCUCCCAACGAGUUGAAACAGCUUCCUCUGCCUUUUUUACUGAAGAGAUGACCCCAGAAUCUGCAUUUACUCAGUAUCAGCGGCGAUCUGAAGAUCAAGCUUGCCAAGUCUGUGGGCAACCCUCUGUGGGAUUCCACCAUCGAGCUUAUGUUUGUGAAGCCUGCAAGAAGUUCUUCACUCGCCACCUGACUAAUCGUAUUAAGAAAGAUAAGGCUUCCGCAUGUGGAGAUUCUCUUGGCAUCGAGGACCCACUGAAAUCAAUAUCGAUGGGUGGUGGAAACAGUGACAUGUACGCUGAUCUCAAUGUGGUCUGUCCUAUGGGCGGUAACUGCAAAAUCGAGGGACCUGGGCGGGGCAAGUGUCCCCAUUGUCGGUUUCGAAAAUGCUUGGAUCUUGGCAUGUCCCUUACCCGUAAGCCCACGUUAUUUUUUAUCGUUUAUCUUUUGUCUAAGCAUGUCGAAACAAUUACCCAUAUCAUCUCUAACACCUAG